GUUGCGGCGCAACUUCAACCGCACAUGCACUUGAUCUCCCACCACCGAUUUCCACUCCUCGCCCAGCUCCCCGUCGAACAAGCCUACCGCUACCUCCUCGAUGCGCCUUCAAUCGUCAAACAGGUUGCGCCCAUGUCCUGGACCUACACGACAGCCCCAUCAGACGGCACAAUGUGGCUGGAGUGGAUUCCUGUCGAGAAGACCGAUCAGCCUUUUCCUUCAGAUGGAUACGCAUGGGCAGACCCGGAGGCAACGUAUAGACAUGAGCUCAAUGGAUACACAGUGGAGAUGCGCGUGCAUACAAUGGGUUUCAGACCUGGAGUCGACCAGAUGGCUUCGCAUGCGCGGACGCGGUAUCACUUCGUCGCCAAGAAUCCGUCAGUCAACGCGCCUCCACCGGAUUCGGCAUUGUGGCUUGUUCACUAUCAUCAAGCUGAGCGCAUGCUGCCUGCCAACCAGCUUCAGAUCGCGCCGCAGGUGCAGCAAAUUCUCGCUCAACGUAGAUGGCUUGAGAGCUUAGGCAGGCUGGAGUUGAAGGAGUUCAUGCUGCACGAUCGGAACAACUGGCCGACGGUCAAUCUGCCUGGUGCUGCGCAGAUGCAGCAACCGGGUCAGCCAGGCGCGUACGGCGCGAGUUCCAUGGCCGCCAUGCAGAUGAAUCAGAAUAGAUAUCCACAGCAGCACUACCCACAGCAGUCUGGCAACCCUCGCGAGGCGAAGAAGCCGCGGCUUGAAGGACCGAGAGGAUCUAUACCUGGAGCAAGUGAGGCUGUGCCGGAUGCGACCUUGGAAUUGGAGGAGGAUACAUCACUGGGCGACUUCUUCGACCAUCUCACGCAGCGAGACAUCAGCGUUGCACGAUACAUGCAGCACCAUCGAUGGAUGGAAGAGGUGUUCUCUUCGCCGUACUCGUCAUACAGCAUUGUUCCUACAGACUUGGGACUUGGCCUGAUGGGCGAGCUGAAGGGUCUGACGGAGGGUAUCCUCGAGCCGCCGAGCCUGGACUUUGUUGACCGACCUGACACGAAGCCAUUGAAGGCCAAGGAAGCACAGCCGUUCACGAACCUGAAGCAAGAGCAAGUAGAAGAAUUUGGCAAGCGUGUGGAGAAGCAUCUGGAGGAAGGACGGGCUGAGAUUGAACGGAUGAAGGCCGAACACGCGGCGAAGAUGCAGGAUUGGAAGAAGGUCAAGGCUCUCACGCAGGCGGAGAAGAGGUUGAAGUAUGCGACGCUGCAAGAUACCGAGGAUGAGGUGGCUGUAUUCAGAUUGGAAGAGCCCGCGACAAAUGGACAGAAUGAGGGUGCGUCGAAAGAACAUGUCGAUGAUGUAGUGAAAGAUGUGGAGAGUGCGCUGAAGGUCAAGGUCACGGCGCAUGAUGAUGCGACCAGAAUCGCGCGAGGUGGCUUCAAAGAGCGGAAGGAGCCU